AAACAAACACAGAUACACGUGGACAGGAUACAAAUCAUAACAUUUAUAUUAUUUAAUCUUGAACAAAACGACAAAAAUCCAUAUAGACAUAUACAGACAUACAUAAAGAAGAGGAAAGGAAGGAGAAGGAAGAGAAGAAGGAUGAAAAGUGGAAGAAAGAAAGGAAGGAGAAGAAGAAAAGGAAGGGAAACCAUGCCUCGUAAGAAGAAUUGGAAGAAUGCUUUGGCGAAGAAGAACAGACAUCGACUCGUGGAUACUGGCCACGUAAAAAAUAGUAUUGAUGACCCUACGAGUGACUGUGUGACGGUUGACGGACCUGUUAGACUCGUGGAUACUGGCCACGUAAAAAAUAGUACCAUGAGAUGGGGGGAUACCGCCUCCUUAAAAAGGGUACCUCAAUUGCCUUCGGGCGCCAUGAACCAAACUGAAUUGCCUUCGGGCGCCAUGAACCAAGCUGAAUUGCCUUCGGGCGCCAUGAACAAAACUGAAUUGCCUUCGGGCGCCAUGAACCAAACUGAAUUGCCUUCGGGUGCCAUGAACCAAACUGAAUUGCCUUCGGGCGCCAUGAACCAAGCUGAAUUGCCUUCGGGCGCCAUGAACAAAACUGAAUUGCCUUCGGGCGCCAUGAACCAAACUGAAUUGCCUUCGGGUGCCAUGAACCAAACUGAAUUGCCUUCGGGCGACUUGCACCAAACUGAAUUGCCUUCGGGCGCCUUGCACCAAACUGAAUUGCCUUCGGGCGACUUGCACCAAACUGAAUUGCCUUCGGGCGCCAUGAACCAAACUGAAUUGCCUUCGGGCGCCAUGAAUCAAACUGAAUUGCCUUCGGGCGCCUUGCACCAAACUGAAUUGCCUGCGAGCGACUUGUACCAAACUAAAUUGCCUUUAGGCGACUUGCACCCAACUGAAUUGCCAUCAGGUGCCAUGAAAAUAACUGAAUUGCCUUUGGCCGACUUGCGCCAAAUUAAAUUGCCUUCUGGCAACUUGAACCUAGCUGAAUUGCCUUCGGGCGACUUGAACCAAAUUGAAUGGUCUUCGGGUGCCUUGAACUAUCCUGAAACGUUUUCCUGUACCAAUGCUAGUACAAACAUCUCUAUGGUCAGUCAGUUUGAAAUUCAACCAGUUACUAUUAAGGAAAUAACAGAUACCAGAACUGCAUUUCAUGUGACCAAUGACAAACAAAAGACAAAAAUGCGAAAAUCUCUGAUAGACAAAAGAGAAAGUUCAGAGCUUAGAGAGAGAGAAAAUAAGUGUUCUGUAAGAAGCAAACAAAAAUCUAGGCAAAGUCAAGAAUAUCAACAAAGGGACAGAGAAAGCACUCUGAAAAACAUGAAAAGGGCUAGACAAAGCAAGGAGUUUAACGAACACGAACUUGAAGCUAAACAGAAAGAGAGAGAAAAACUUGAAACUAAACAAAGGGACAGAGAAAGCACUCUGAAAACCAUGAAAAGGGCUAGACAAAACAAGGAGUUUAACGAGCACGAACUUGAAGCGAAACAGAAAGAUCGAGAAAGACUUGAAACUAAACUGAAGGACAGAGAAAGCACGCUCAAAAGCAAGAAAAAGGCUAGACAAAAUAGUGUCUUUAAGGAGCAGGAACUCGAAGCUAAACAGAAAAAGCGAGAAAGACUGGAAACUAAGCUAAAAGACAGAGAAAGCACGCUCAAAAGCAUGAAAAAGGCUAGACAAAACAGGGACUUUAAGAAGCAGGAACUUGAAGCUAAACAGAAAAAGCGUGAAAGACUGGAAACUAAGCUAAAGGACAGAAAAAGCACACUGCAAAGCAUGUUUAAGGCUAGACAAAAUAGGGAGUUUAAGAAACAUGAGGUCAAAGUAAAACAAACUACACGAAAGCAAUUGGCAACUAAACUGAAAGAAAGACAAAGAACACUUAGAAGCAUGAACAAGGUAAGACAAAGCAAGGAGUAUUCUGAUUUAGAGAUGAAAAGAAAGAGAAUUGCCAGAAAAAAUGUCCUGCAGUUGGAAAAAGAAAGACUGAAAAAGCAAGAAUACAGAAUACUGUAUCGGCAAAAAGAAAGGUGUGAAAAUAAAAUCUCUAAAGCAAUGAAAAGGAAAGAUGUCAAAUUUCUAGAGCAUGAAAGUGAACAAAGGAAAAAAAGACGCAUAGGAAAUACAAUGGAUGAGUGCAUACUGACAUUUCGUAAGAAAGUGGCAAAUGGCCCUAUAUAUGUAUGCACAUGUUGCCAGCAAACAUGGUUUCGCAAGAGUGUUGUUCAACUCGAGAGAGUCCAUAUAUCUUCACAAAGCAAACAAAUGUGUACUGGUUUGAAAUCUGUUGAUGAAAAAGAAUGGCUGUGCUCAACCUGUCUUGCAUCAUUAAGGGAAAAUAAGACACCAAAACUCUCAGUGAAAAAUGGUAUGUCGUGGCCUGAAAAACCUGAAGUUCUCAAUCUGCAUCCCCUGGAAGAAAGGUUGAUAUCACAACGAAUACCAUUUAUGCAAAUACGUGAGCUACCAAGAGGUGGUCAGUUGUCAGCCAAAGGAAAUAUUGUCAGUGUUCCUGUUGACAUACAACCAACAUUAAAUGCACUUCCCAGACCGAUUGAUGAGCAUGUAACUGUUGCGGUGAAAUUGAAAAACGUUUAUCUCACAAAAGUUCGUGCUUUUCAGAAAACAUUCGCCCCAAAACUGUGA